GACAUCGAUAGCAUACUGUGCCUUCCCACCAGUUUAGGGGUAGCAAAGUCUGGAAUUAAGAUUUGUUUUACUCCUGUGCAGUCAAAGAAUAUUUCCUCCAAUCUCCAUAUUCGCAUCCCCCUCCCACAUGGGUUACCGAAUACCAGGCGCCUUUCUGCUACCAUCCGCGAACUGCCACAUUUCGAAUUAGGACAUUUGUACGGACAGGAGGACUUCAAGCUCUAUGUGUUCUUUCCGAAUAUGUUAGAUAAAGGGCGCAAGUCAAAUUACCUGACUGACAGCGAAAUUGCACGGUUUAUCGAUCUUGUACUGUUUCCCGCGAUCCGCGAGCAUUGUCCACCUGCAUUCCUCCAACAUUUGCCCGGCAGCUACGAUAGUGCGAAGUUACGUUCCAUGGCUGCAGCGCGCGAAUCAGGUGUACGGCCAACUAGCGACAAUUCACGUCCACACAAUUAUUACUAUUCCUUGCCCCCACGCUUCCUAGUGCCAGUUUGGGAGUCAAUUCUAAAGUUAGUAAAGUCUUGUGGGCUGCAAGACUUUUAUGCGCCUCUUCUAUUUCUUAACGCCAAGAAUCUGAAACUCCAUACCAGUAACUCGAAUCUAAAUGUCACCCUAACCGAAUUCACCAGGUUCUGGAAUCACGUAUGUGACAUGUCACAUGUUCCACACGAUCAAUUAUGGGUAGACCUCGCGAGCGAGGUUAUUCAUGAUCCUGGAUCCUUUGACCCCUGUUGUCCGCAAUCACAAUAUCCACCAUCAGGACGUGAGGUUGAGGCAUUCUUCUUUUCCUGGAAUCAUAAUUGGCUGAAAUCACUUGCAUCACGCUUCACGGCCAAUUUCCCUGGGGAGAAAUAUCAGGUGCGCAUGUACAACUUGUUGCUUUGUAGUGAGUUGGCAAAUAUGACGCUUGAGCCCCCUCGCACCCAUACUGCACGCCAUUUAGGCCUUGCAUAUUCUCAGUUUUAUUCUACUGUGAAAGAAAUAUUUGAUGUCGGAAAAGUGUAUCCAUUUGACAAUCCCGCGCUCGAGAUUUUAGCGAUCAAUGAUGACUUGCGGCAGAUGUGGCAGCAAGUUGGUCACAAGGGCUCAUAUGAUCUGCGGUAUCUGCGGAAGACGUAUUUGUCAUCACGGCUCCGUGUCAUGGAAGCGCUGUAUUCGGCAACAGGUACCAGCUUCGGGACCCGGCAAGAGCAUCGGAUUCAAUAUCCUCUCCUGUUAGCGAUACAGGCAGUCGUACAGUCUAGUCCUGAAGGAUAUCCUACGGGAGGUCCCAGCUUUCUUCCAACAGACGUGAUGGAGCGCCCAUUUAUCGCAAGUCCAACUUCGGAGAUGCUACUGCUUUGGGCUUCAACCAUAAACAAGUGGUGUUUUGGUUUUGAAUACAUGUUGAGCAUGAAUGAAGAGGAUGGUGGCAAUUGGGAGCGUAUGCGCGUAAUGAUAUUGUUUUUACGGAUGUUAAAAUUCACGGUAAAGGGUAUUGACAUGCGACGAAAUCCUGAACUGUGGGCACAUAGCUUCUAUCAGCGCGAUACUCCAACAAUAUGCCAGGGAUUUGGAUUGCAGCGGACUAUGGCAAUACGUGGCUAUGCCUUUCUGCCACCCGGGUUAAUUGACUGGGUUCAGGGCAAGCUGAAUGCGCCCUUUGCAGAAUAUGAUAUACUUACGACACCAACCAUCAAAUCUCUUUAUCGGAAGCACUAUCCCGCCAUUAAGACUCUGUCCAACCUAUAUCAACAAUUUAGUCAGGCCCUGACGCACAUGCAGCAACAUCAGGAAAAUUCCGGCUUCUGCUCCCUUUCUCGUUCGAUACUUAGCUGUAUUCUUAUAGAGCUUUUCCGGCAAGAUGUUUGGACCAAGCUA